ACCGGCUUCAAUUCCACACCAUCACCUGCUUCCCCUCAACUUUCAAUCCACCUAUCGCCAUAAAAAGCACAGGCUCUAUCCCAGCAGCCAGAUCGCUAUAUAAUCGUCAAGAACCUUCCAGUCUUUUGGUGAAAGCCGCGAUUCUUCGCCCCUUCGUUUUCACUGCGAGAUCCGAUCACCGCAACAUCGAUCCGUGACUUCUUUCUUCCACCCCCCUGCUGUGUGAUCGAAUCCUUCGCGUUGCAGGCGUGAACGAGCCUCCGGCCAUUCACGCCGGGCCGUCCUGGGACUGUGAUCGCAUUGAUCUACAUGCGCCGGGCUGUCCACCCUUUCCCACCUCAUUCCCCGACUUCGCCAUGUCAUGGAGGAGACAUCUAUCCAGCUACCGAACCGGGGUUUCCUCCCGACAGUGGAAGUGAACAAUCGUAUGAAGACCGACGAGCAGCCGUGGGCGAACGACGUCACCUCCGAGCCGGACUCGGACUCCGAUGAAGACGUCUCGGGGAACUCCACAAAAUCUUUCGAGGCGCAGAGCAUCGAGUUCGUCAUCGAGAACGACCGCCGGUAUUGUAACGAAACCUACUUCAUGCCCAACGACGAGAUUGAACAGACGCGCUUGAACAUUGUACACCAGAUCUAUCUGAUCCUGCUAGACGGCAAAUUGACCACGGUGCCCCUCGUGAAGCAUGCGCCUCGUAUACUGGACAUCGGGACCGGGACCGGCGACUGGGCCAUCGAGAUGAGCAGCAUGCACCCCAGCGCCACCAUCAUCGCCUCGGACAUCGGCCUCUUCGAUAACGGCCUAGGCAAUGUCGAUGUCCCCAAUAUCUUCUUCCAGCUCGACGACGCCCAGGGUGAAUGGACAUACCACGAGCCAUUCGACCUGAUCCACCUCCGUGGGCUAUCCGGCGCAUUCGCCGAUUGGCAAUCAGUCUACCAACAAGCCUUCCGACACCUGGGCCCAGGAGGAUACAUCGAAAUCGCCGACGCCGACCCCGCCGCAGACACCCUGAACUUCCCCCACUCAGGAGACUCCUACCUCCGCAUCUUCGCCUCCGCCAUGCGAUCCGCAGCCGAGGCAUCCGGCUACCGCCGCGACCUAAGCCACCUACGGCCCAGCGCUCUUACCGCAGCCGGAUUCGUCGACGUCCGCGUUCAAGAGCGAACGAUCCCCAUCGGCCUGUGGCCCGAUGAUCCCCGCGAUAAAACACUAGGCAAGAUGGCCCUCAUCGCAGUGAUGGAGGGGCUCGAGGCCUACAGCCUGCGCCAAUUGACCGCCACGAAAAAGUGGACGGCCGACGCGGUCCGCGACCUCUGCGCUAAGGUCAGAGACGAGCUCAUGACGGCCCACCGCGUAACGACCCGUGUCCAUAUCGUUACUGCGAGGAAGCCGUUUGCGCGCAAACAGGCCAAGGAGCGGAGGAGGAAUGAGGUGAUGCAGCGGUUGAUGCAGUCUGCUGGGCAGGAUUAGCUUGACAGC